AUGGAUUACGAAUCUGCUCAAUCUAAAGAUUUUUCAUAUUCAUUCUGUUUAACCAAAGAUUUGAAUUUUCCAUUAAGAGUCCGAAUCUCAGCUCUUGAAGGAACUCGAGAAAAAAAACAAUUCACUACAUUACUCGAAGAACCUUCCCUAAAAUUUACUGGUUUGCAAACUAGCGAUUAUUCCGAAUUAUAUGUAACUUGUCAAUUAUAUGCUGAUAAUAAACCAUUGACUAUACCCAUCCGAACUUCAUAUAAAACGUUCAAGAAUCAUUGGCUUUGGAAUGAAUGGCUCACAAUUCCUGUAAAAUUUCGUGAUUUACCUGCAACUGCCCAACUCGCCUUCACAGUAUGGGACAUUUAUGGACCACGUAAAGUUGUUCCUAUAGGUGGGACUACAUUUCGACUUUUUGGAAAACACAACACACUGAGAAAAGGAAAACACAAGUUGUUUCUUUGGCCUGACGUUGAAGCUGAUGGUCGUGAUCAUACAACUACACCAAGUAAGGUUGGUGAAGAGGAUGAAAUGGAUCGGUUAGAGAAGCUUGUUAAAAGAUAUGAGAGAAAAGAAAUGCCCAGGCUUGAAUGGUUAGAUCACCUUGCAUUCCGACAACUUGAGAAAAUUCACGAGGCAGAAUCUUCAAAGUCAAAGAAAUUGUACUUAUAUAUAUAUCUACCAAAGUUCGAUUUUCCACUAGUAUUCAGCGAACCGGAAUAUUCGUUACCAGUAGUUUCAAUGACCCCAGUGAAUGGGCAAACACAACCUACACCGUUAUCAUCAUCGUCUGAGUCAAACCUGGUAUUGAUCAUGGAUCCCGAAAUUACUGGGGAAAAUCCAGUUGAAGCAAAGCAUAGGCGUUUAGUGAGAAGUCAUCGAAAUGGAUCACUUGAUCGAGACUUAAAACCGAAUGCCAAGUUACGUGAUGAGCUUAAUGAAAUUUUGAAAUAUCCUCCUACUCAACCUUUGACAGAAGAAGAAAAGGAUAAUAUUUGGAAGUAUAGAUUUUAUCUUACUCGUGAAAAGAAGGCACUUACAAAAUUUUUGAAAUGUGUAGUGUGGACAGAUCCAACGGAAGCUAAGCAGGCUGUUGAAUUGUUGUUCAAAUGGGUUGACAUUGAUUUAGAUGAUGCUCUUGAAUUGUUGGGAGCGAAUUUUGAGAAUCGAGCAGUUCGUAGAUAUGCUGUCAGUCAAUUGAAGAAGGCCGAUGACGAUGAAUUAUUAUUGUAUCUAUUGCAACUUGUACAAGCCCUGAAAUUUGAAAACAUAAGUGAAAAGUCCAGCUCAUCAUAUGAAUCAAGUUUAGCAGAGUUUUUAAUUGAAAGAGCUGUUAAGAACCCAAUACUUGGAAAUAAUUUUCAUUGGUACCUUAUGGUUGAAUGUGAAGAUAAAGUUGUUGGUAAAAUGUAUGCUAAAGUUGCUUAUCAAUUUAUGAUAGCCAUAACGGAGAUCCCUAAUGGAUUUCAACGAAGAGAUAUACUUCGUAGACAAGGAGAACUAGUUGCUAUAUUAUCGUCUAUUUCCAAAGAAAUUCGUACUAUGAAAGACAUAAGGCCAAAAAAGAUUGAUAGAUUGAGAGCUUUAAUAUCGGAUCCUAAAUAUGGACUUUUGCAAUUUUCCCCUUUACCUUUGCCUCUUGACGCACGCAUCCACGUGACUGGAAUUAUUCCAGAAUUAGCAACGGUUUUCAAAAGUAACUUGUUUCCAUUACGGUUGACAUUCUCUUUAGUCGAUGGUGACGAGUAUCCCGUAAUUUUCAAAACCGGAGAUGACCUUCGUCAGGAUCAACUUGUCAUUCAAAUUAUCACACUCAUGGAUAAGCUUUUACGAAAGGAGAAUUUAGAUCUAAAGUUGACUCCAUACAAAGUCCUCGCCACUGGUUCAGAUCAUGGUUUAAUGCAAUUCAUCCCAUCAUUUUCAUUAGCCAAUGUAUUAAGCGAAUAUAAUGGCAGCCUUUUGAUGUUCUUUAAAGCUCAUCAUCCAGAGGAAAAGGCAACAUAUGGAAUUAGUCCUGCAGUUAUGGAUACUUAUGUUAAGAGUUGUGCUGGAUAUUGUGUUAUUACAUAUUUAUUGGGAGUAGGCGACCGACAUUUGGAUAAUUUGUUACUUACACCUGAUGGUAAAUUAUUCCAUGUUGAUUUUGGAUUUAUUUUGGGAAGAGAUCCUAAGCCUUUUCCACCACCAAUGAAACUUUGUAAAGAAAUGGUUGAAGCGAUGGGAGGAGCGAAUUCCAUUCAUUAUCAACGAUUCAAAAGUUAUUGCUAUAUUGCUUUUAACAUCUUGAGGAAAAAUGCAAAUUUGAUUCUUAAUUUAUUUGCUUUAAUGGUUGACGCAAAUGUACCUGAUAUUAAAAUUGAACCUGAUAAGGCUGUCUGGAAGGUUCAAGAGAAAUUUAGAUUAGAUCUAUCAGAAGAAGAAGCCAUUAAAUAUUUCCAAAAUUUAAUUAACGAAUCAGUUAAUGCAAUGUUUCCACAAGUUAUUGAAACCAUACAUAAAUGGGCUCAGUACUGGAGAAAAUAA